AUGAGUCAAUACGUCAACGUCCCCAAAUCCGAGCUGGACCAAUCGCAAAUCCGCGAGCUGGAGCAAUACGAGAUCUCCCAGGGCCCGCUCUCGGUACUUCAGCAGUCCGUCCGUAAUCACACGCAAAUCCUCAUCGCACUGCGCAACAACAAGAAGCUCCUCGCCCGCGUCAAGGCGUUCGACCGUCACUCGAAUAUGGUUCUCGAAAAUGUCAAGGAGAUGUGGACCGAGGUGCCCAAGGGCAAGGGCAAGAAGCCGAUCAACAAGGACCGGUUCAUCUCCAAGAUGUUCCUGAGGGGAGAUUCGGUUGUGCUGGUGCUCAGAAAUACUGCUUGA